CCGGGCGGAAAGCUAGCGGUGGUGGCGCAGAGUGGACCCCGGUUACGGCCCCUGGGUGAGUCCGGGUUCCAUCGACCCAGCAGGAACGUCACUUUGAGGAUGGUUAAAGAGUUUUGACUUUCCCAAGAUCUGCUCUGUUCAGAAUCCCGGUAGUCCCCGACUUUUUAAUGCUCCCAUCCUCCCAGUUCCUUGCGGGUGUUUCCGCACCCGUAGCCAGGUGCCCUCUGGGGUGGAAGGAGAGUAGACAGGUAAGAAUUUUCAAGGUAACGUCUCAAGGCCCGGUGAUUCUCUUAAUUUCCCAUUAACAUUCCUGCGGCGUCAGAAAUACUUUCAGCGUCCCCUAAAAGCCCCAGUAAGAUUCCAGCAUUGCUCAGUAUCUUCCAAGGAAAGCCGUUCCCAGGCCCCCGGAACAUGCCCACCCAGCUCCCGGUUUUCCCAUUAGUAGUCUUGUAUUCCUCAGAAUCUCGCAGUAACUUUCCAUUGCUUCCCCGAUAAUCCCAGCGUCCCUGGUUACGCUUUCCAGCAAUGGCGCCAGUAAUCAUUCCCACAGUCCCAGUGAUGCUCCACACCGCUCCAGACCCCAUAACGUCUCUGGUGCGUGACUGUAGAUUCCAGCAUAAAUCAUAACACCUUUCGAGCCCGCCCCACCUAACGUACCAGGACGCCUUCGAUGGGAGCCCCCGACAGUAUUCCCGCAGGCCCCAGGUCUCGGGUCCUGGGGGCAGGCUUGGAUCAAGAGGCAAUGGUUCAGCCGACCCCUUAACAGUAGCUUGGGGGCCCUGUUUUCUUGGGGUGAAACAUCCGAUUUUCGCAGGGAGUACGAAGGAGGGAUGCAGCCUAAGGGUCGGUGGGUCAAAAUUGAUCAAUCUUCCAGAGGAUAGAGACCGGGGUAGGGACCACCAGCCGGAAAGGGCCAUGCCCUGCAGGGACCCGCCUGCAGGUAGCUGACGGUGCCAGGCUACCCUUUGGCCUCGGGGUGGGGUUGGACCGGCGGGGCAUUUGAUCGGCCCUAUGCGUAGGUGAAGGGAGUCAGGAAAGAAGCCGAGACCCGCCUCGUUCCCUGGCCCGGUCGGGAGGUCAGUUUACCCCAUCCCUCUGUGCCGCAACGCCCCUCCAGCCGCUUCCACUCAACUAUAGGUGAAUGGAGAAGCCACUGGAGCCACUGGAGGACUCCGGGCUCUCAGACUUGCUGCCAAGCCUGAAGCAGUCGAUGGAGGCCCCGCUGCAAACCGGAAUGGUGCUGGGCGUGAUGAUCGGGGCCGGAGUGGCGGUGCUGGUCACGGCCGUGCUCAUCCUCCUGGUGGUGCGGAGGCUGCGAGUGCCGAAAACCCCAGCCCCCGAAGGCCCCCGGUAUCGGUUCCGGAAGAGGGACAAAGUGCUUUUCUAUGGCCGGAAGAUUAUGCGGAAGGUGUCACAAUCCACUUCCUCCCUGGUGGACGCCUCUGUCUCCACCACUUCCCGGCCCCGUAUGAAGAAGAAACUUAAGAUGCUUAACAUUGCCAAGAAGAUCCUGCGGAUCCAAAAAGAGACACCUACACUACAGCGGAAGGAGCCCCCGCCCGCAGUCCUAGAGGCUGACCUGACCGAGGGUGACCUGGCCAACUCCCACCUGCCCUCCGAGGUGCUAUACAUGCUCAAGAACGUCCGGGUGCUGGGCCACUUUGAGAAGCCACUCUUUCUGGAGCUGUGUCGGCACAUGGUCUUCCAGCGGCUCGGCCAAGGGGACUAUGUCUUCCGGCCGGGCCAGCCAGAUGCCAGCAUCUAUGUGGUACAGGAUGGGCUGCUGGAGCUCUGCCUGCCAGGGCCUGAUGGGAAGGAGUGUGUCGUGAAGGAAGUGGUCCCUGGAGACAGUGUCAACAGCCUCCUGAGCAUCCUGGAUGUCAUCACUGGUCAUCAGCAUCCCCAGCGGACUGUGUCUGCCCGGGCAGCCCGUGACUCCACUGUGCUUCGGCUGCCUGUGGAGGCCUUCUCUGCCGUCUUCACCAAGUACCCAGAGAGCCUGGUGCGGGUGGUGCAGAUCAUCAUGGUAAGACUGCAGAGAGUCACCUUCCUGGCGCUUCACAACUACCUGGGUCUGACCAAUGAGCUUUUCAGUCAUGAGAUCCAGCCCCUACGCCUGUUCCCCAGCCCCGGCCUCCCAAGCCGCACCAGCCCAGUGCGUGGCUCCAAGAGAGUGGUCAGCACAUCAGCUACAGAGGAGCCACGGGAGACCCCUGGCCGACCGCCUGACCCCACUGGGGCUCCACUGCCUGGACCUGCAGGGGACCCCAUGAAACCCACAUCCUUGGAAGCCCCCACAGCCCCUCUGCUGAGUCGCUGUAUCUCCAUGCCAGUGGACAUCUCAGGCUUGCAGGGUGGCCCCCGCUCUGACUUCGACAUGGCAUAUGAACGCGGCCGGAUCUCUGUGUCCCUGCAAGAAGAGGCCUCCGGGGGGCCCCAGGCAGCCCCUGCUCGGACCCCCACUCAGGAGCCCCGGGAGCAGCCAGCGGGUGCCUGUGAGUACAGCUACUGUGAGGAUGAGUCGGCCAGUGGCGGCUGCCCCUUCGGGCCCUACCAGGGCCGCCAGACAAGCAGCAUCUUUGAAGCAGCAAAGCGGGAGCUGGCCAAGCUGAUGCGGAUCGAGGACCCCUCCCUUCUCAACAGCCGAGUCUUGCUGCAUCACGCCAAAGCUGGCACCGUCAUUGCCCGCCAGGGGGACCAGGAUGUGAGCCUGCACUUCGUGCUCUGGGGCUGCCUGCAUGUAUAUCAGCGCAUGAUCGAUAAGGCGGAGGACGUGUGUCUGUUUGUGGCACAACCAGGGGAGCUGGUGGGGCAGCUGGCAGUGCUCACAGGGGAACCCCUCAUCUUCACACUGCGUGCCCAGCGAGACUGCACCUUCCUGCGAAUCUCCAAGUCCGACUUCUAUGAGAUCAUGCGUGCACAGCCCAGUGUGGUGCUGAGUGCCGCGCACACGGUGGCUGCAAGGAUGUCGCCCUUUGUGCGCCAGAUGGACUUCGCCAUCGACUGGACAGCGGUGGAGGCAGGACGCGCAUUGUACAGACAGGGUGACCGCUCUGAUUGCACCUAUAUAGUGCUCAAUGGGCGACUGCGCAGCGUCAUCCAGCGUGGCAGCGGCAAGAAGGAGCUGGUGGGGGAGUAUGGCCGUGGGGACCUCAUCGGAGUGGUUGAAGCGCUGACCCGUCAGCCACGAGCCACGACAGUGCAUGCAGUGCGUGACACAGAGCUGGCCAAGCUCCCGGAGGGCACCUUGGGCCACAUCAAGCGUCGGUACCCACAGGUCGUGACUCGCCUUAUCCACCUGUUAAGCCAGAAAAUUCUAGGGAAUUUGCAGCAGCUGCAAGGACCCUUCCCAGGCUCGGGGCUGGGCGUCCCCCCACACUCGGAACUCACCAACCCAGCCAGCAACCUGUCUACAGUGGCGGUCCUGCCUGUGUGUGCUGAGGUGCCCAUGAUGGCCUUCACCCUGGAACUCCAGCACGCUCUGCAAGCCAUUGGUCCCACACUCCUCCUCAACAGUGACAUCAUCCGGGCACGCCUGGGAGCCUCUGCGCUAGAUAGCAUCCAGGAGUUCCGACUGUCAGGGUGGCUGGCCCAGCAGGAGGAUGCGCACCGCAUCGUGCUCUACCAAACAGACGCUUCGCUGACGCCCUGGACCGUGCGCUGCCUGCGUCAAGCCGACUGUAUCCUCAUUGUUGGCCUGGGUGACCAGGAGCCCACUCUUGGCCAGCUGGAGCAAAUGCUGGAGAACACCGCAGUGCGCGCCCUCAAGCAGCUCGUCCUGCUACACCGCGAGGAGGGCCCUGGCCCCACGCGCACGGUGGAGUGGCUCAACAUGCGCAGCUGGUGUUCGGGGCACCUGCAUCUGCGCUGUCCACGCCGCCUCUUCUCGCGCCGCAGCCCGGCCAAGCUGCAUGAGCUCUACGAGAAGGUGUUCUCCAAGCGUGCAGACCGGCACAGCGACUUCUCCCGCUUGGCGCGGGUGCUCACUGGAAACACUAUUGCCCUGGUGUUGGGCGGGGGUGGGGCCAGGGGCUGCUCACAUAUUGGGGUGCUCAAAGCAUUAGAGGAGGCAGGAGUACCAGUUGAUCUGGUGGGUGGCACAUCCAUCGGCUCCUUCAUUGGGGCUCUGUACGCAGAGGAGCGCAGCGCCAGCCGCACCAAGCAGCGGGCCCGGGAGUGGGCCAAGAGCAUGACUUCAGUGCUGGAACCAGUGUUGGAUCUCACGUACCCCGUCACCUCCAUGUUCACGGGCUCGGCCUUUAACCGCAGCAUCCACCGUGUCUUCCAAGAUAAGCAAAUUGAGGACCUGUGGCUGCCGUACUUCAACGUGACCACAGACAUCACUGCCUCAGCCAUGCGUGUCCACAAAGAUGGCUGCGUUUGGCGUUACGUCCGUGCCAGUGCCUCCUACUGCCCCUACCUGCCCCCACUCUGCGACCCCAAGGACGGGCACCUGCUGGUGGACGGGUGCUACGUUAACAACGUGCCAGCGGACAUCGCCCGCAGCAUGGGUGCCAAAACAGUCAUCGCCAUCGACGUGGGGAGCCAGGAUGAGACAGACCUCAGUACCUACGGGGACAGCCUGUCUGGCUGGUGGCUACUGUGGAAGCGGCUGAACCCCUGGGCAGACAAGGUGAAGGUUCCAGACAUGGCAGAGAUCCAGUCCCGCCUGGCGUAUGUGUCCUGUGUGCGGCAGCUUGAGGUUGUCAAGUCCAGCUCCUACUGCGAGUACCUGCGCCCACCCAUUGACUGCUUCAAGACCAUGGACUUCGGGAAGUUCGACCAGAUCUAUGAUGUAGGCUACCAGUAUGGGAAGGCCGUGUUCGGAGGCUGGAGCCGGGGCGACGUCAUCGAGAAAAUGCUUACAGACCGGCGGUCUACAGACCUCAACGAAAGCCGUCGUGCCGACGUCCUUGCUUUCCCAAGCUCUGGCUUCACUGACCUGGCAGAGAUCGUGUCCCGGAUUGAGCCCCCCACCAGCUAUGUCUCCGACGGCUGUGCCGAUGGGGAGGAGUCGGACUGCCUGACGGAGUACGAGGAGGACGCAGGACCCGACUGCUCCAGGGACGAAGGCGGCUCCCCCGAGGGCGCCAGCCCCAGCACUGCCUCAGAGAUGGAGGAGGAGAAGUCAGCCCUCCGGCACCGGCGCUGUCUGCCCCAGGAGCCUCCCAGCUCAGCUGCGGACACUUGAAGACCUCAGCGGGGGUCCCUGCCCCUGGCCUGGCUGGGUUGGCCUGGGGAGAUGGCGCCCUUCCUGCUGCUAUGCCUGUGACACUCCUGGGCUCCCCUGGCCCAGGACCCACACACUGGAUGCUUCGCCUGCCCCAAGGGGCGGGCAGUGCUGCACUGACGACCCUCAACCGACUGUGUCCCCCACCCAAUAAACUCGCCUCUUGGAAGCGGCCUCGUGCUGUCCCUGGGCUUGGGGAGGCGCCCCGCCCCGCCUUCUGUGCUCAGGACAGUGGGGCAGGGGUCUGGACUGGCCUGCAGCUUGUCCCCCCCACGCUGCCAACACCAGGCCACAGGCCCCGGGGCUGCUUCCCUGCCCCACGGGCCUCUGCACCCCACCCUCUCCCUGCUAGGUCCCGCAGGGCCAGUCAGUUCCUCACUGCGUGACAAACGCCCGAGGAGGAAAGGGUUUUGGCUUGUGGCUCCAGAGGCCUCAGUGCACAGCCGGCUGGCUCCGUUGCUUCCAGCCCUCGGUAAGGGAGCAUGAUGGCAGAAGGGCAUGGUGGAGGAAAGCCACUCGCCUCUCAGCAGCCGGGAAACAGGAAGGAGCCAGGACGGACACAGUCCCGGGGAAUGACCCAAGACCCCUUCCCUUCCACUGCAUCCCGCCACCUUCCACAAUCCAUUCUAAUUAUUACUCUAUCAAAUGGAUUCAUCCCCUGAUGAGGUCAGAGCCCUCAUCAACCAGUCAUUUCCUAAUAACCCCACACUGAGUCUGUGGGGAGAGCCCAUGUUCAAGCCAUAACACCCUCAGCGAGCCUACUGAGUCAGGUCCACUUCCCCCACGAGGACACGGGGCUCAGGAACUUUCCUCCAGGGGCUCCAGGCUUUGUCCUUACUGUGCACUCAUCUGAGGUCACAGAAUGAGCUGAUCCCCACUGUGCUGAAGCCUAACUCAGGGUCUUUUGUUCACUAUCCUGAUGGUUAGGAAAGACUGUGGAUCCAGGCUCCCUGGGGUGAACCACAGCUUGGCCUCGUGGGUGCCCAUGGCAAGUUACUUCACCUUUGAACCUUGGUCCUCUCAUCCAUAAGGAGAUGAUUGUGCCUUGUCAGCUUUAUGGUACCCUAGCCUGAGCCUGGGCCCCUUGGGGCUCCAGUCAGAGUCCCUCCCAUAGGUCAGAGCAGAGCCUUGGCAAAGGACGACCUGAGGGCACCGGGCAGCUUUGGGAAUCCUUUAGGAUUGUGUGUGUGUGUGUUAAA